UGUUUGCGUCAGAUCUAAAGCAGAUUUUUGAGGCAGUUUGUGAAAUAUUUUAUUAAGAAAAAAAGUUAAUUUUUGUGUGUUUAAUUACUCGUAAUUAAAAUAAAAUAAAAUCCAGCAUGAAGUGUAUGAGUCGUCCCACUUUAGGGGUCGUUAUUGGUGGCAUAAAUAUUUUCGGUUUUAGCAUAACUGUUAUUUACAUAAUAGUAGUGUUGUGUGACUUUAGUCGUUUGACGGAAGAGGAUAAACGAGAACAUGAUGAAAUAUUAUCAAAGUCUCUUACGCUACUCUAUAUACUUUUGGCAAUUUGUGUAUUUGCCAUAAUAAUAUCGGGCCUGUUAGUAGCGGGCAUUGUAAAGGGACGCCAUUCGUUAAUGAGACCUUGGAUUUGUUGUGCUAUAGUUGGCAUUGGUUGCCAAAUACUACGACUGGUGAUUGGUCUCAUUGUGAGCUUUGGUGGUGACCACCCGUUUGGUGAUGUGUUUGUGUCUUUAAUAGUUGGCCUUUUUACAUUGGGUAUACAAUUUUUGGUAUUUCUACCCAUCUACAAAUUGUAUAAAGAGAUGCGUGAUGUAGGCUGCCCACAUGAACAAGAGCAAAUCAUUCCCACGACAGGCGGUUUUACGAAUGACCAGAGUUCACUAGGCCAAGGUCUGCCAACUCAGCAACCAAUGCUGCUACAACGACAACAACAAGAGCAAGCACGUUUAAACGCAGUUCAAGACAAUCCGCCAACUUAUAGCGAACUGGAAAGAAGUGGCAAAUUGUAAAAUUAAUUGCAAGUACAUAAAUAGUAAACAAUAUAAUAUUUAUUUAAAAGUACAAUUAUCUCAAGAUUACGAUAUUUAACAAAUAUUUACUUAUAUUGUAAGUUUAGAAAUGUACUACAUUACAAAAAAAAUAGCUUACGUUAAGUCAACGGUACGGUUACAUUCCAUUAAUGGUCGUCUAAACGGCCUUUAAUAUAAUUCAGUAGCUUGUAAUAACAAGUUAUAUUGUAGUUAUGUAAAUCGAGCCCUAACCGCGAAAAAGGCUUAAGUACUAAACACUAAACUUUACAAGAUAAGCUUUUUUGUGCUUCUUUGACAUUUGUAUUUCAAUGAAGCUCUGUGAUCUUAAGUUCAAAUAGUUUUAACUCUACAAGUAUACAAUUUUUAAAAUACUUACAAUGAUAUUUAAGCUAUUUUUGUGGUCAUAGCUCGAUUUGACACAACAAAUUAAUCAUUUUGUACACGAAUUUAUAGCUAAAUAAAAGGGUGCAUUAAUUCUGCCUUUAUAAUUCGAAUAACAUUUAGAAAGUUCAAGCAUUUAUUUCCAUACUGUAACGUCCUAACUUUUUUAAAUAAUUUUAAAUUGAAGUAAUUGUAUCCAAAAAUUAUUAGUUUUUAAAUCCAGUGUAAUUGCAUUUAUUAUUUGGUAAGAUAAGAAUCUAUUAUUAUUUUAUAAACUAUUAAAAUAUUACAAAAUGUUUUAGAAACAUUUUAUUUUGAAAAUAAUUCAGUAACUCAUGAACGAUUGCAGAUUUAGUAAUGAAAUUUUACGCAGUCCUCAAGUUGCGCGGUAGUCUGCUAUCAAUAGCUGUCAAACACAAAAUAAAUGACGCAGCUUGUUCAAAUUUUGACAGGAGCCAACUAACAGAUGCCUGUUGACAGGAGCAGGAGGCGGACAAUUCAAAAAGUUUCGUACCCGCCCUCGUACCAAAUACUUGUAAAUACAAAAUGCUUAUACCUCAGCUCUGACCAAGGCGUAUUUAACAAGGUGACAGCAGUGGCGAAUUGAAAUAAAUGCAGGCGAAUUCACUUAUUUUUUAUAUAUGGAGUUUGACAUAAUGGCGUUCCGGCGAAUAUUUUUAUAUAUGUAGUUUUACAUUAUCGCAUGCUAGUUCUGUAAUCAGCUGUACUCCCGUUGGCACCUUAUUAAAUGCACCUUGGGUAUGACUAUAUCAAAUAUCAUUUCCAUUCUAUUUCCAAUCGCUACCGAAUUAUUGCCAAAGCUAAAUGUUUCUAAACUACAGUAUGUCAGCCAAAACUUUAAACUGUAGUAUUCAAUAAAAAACACCAAAGUUGUAACCAUUUUCUCAAAUUUGAAAAAUGACUUAUUUAUGUGAUAACGCAAAUAUAGAUUAAAAUUUUUUUUUUAAAAAUUUUCAUUUGGAAAAUUUUGAAUUUUUCAAAUCUUCUCUGUUAGUUUAGUGUCUUAUAACAUCUACAAAUUCAUAAGUUUCGAUCUGUAAUGAUUUAGAUCAUUUCUAAAUUUCAUCUUGAAGAUUUCUAAAAAAAGAUUUUUGUCUGAAGAUUUCCAUAUCGAAAUAUAACUUUCUGAUAAGGAGUAUACUGGAAUAUGUUCUAAAUUUCACCCUAUUUACCUAUUUUGUUAGGUAAUGUUGAGAAUUUAGUACCUUAUAUUGACUUAAGUUAAAUUCGGUAUUUUCUUAUUAUUUAAAAAAUAAUAGAACUCUAUAAUCUUAUAAUAUUUUUCUCAUAGAGAAAUACACAUAGAGCGGAAACUAGAAAAAAACCUCAAACAAAAAAAUACUCAAAAUCACAUAUCUGAGCGUUGUUUCACAUAGUUUUCUUUUACUAAUACAUUCCCAGCACUUAGGUUUUUGACAACUGAGUUAGGUUUUUGACAGGAGGGUUUAUGAUUUAUGUGUAUUUAUCUAAGAUUUUUCUAUUUAGCUUACUAUUAUAAAUUAAUGAAUAUGUACAUUUAAUAUUUUAAUUCUAUGCCACUUAAUUCGUUUAUUUAUAAAUAACAUUGUAUUGCCUCAGAUUUAAACAAAUAAUUAAUAGAACAAAACCCAAAUUUUAUGUAUUUAAAGACUGUAAUGCUACCUACAUAUUGUUCAAAUAUACAAACAUAUAAACAAAUUUUCGAUUUUAUUCAAUUUCAAAACUAUAAAAGAUCACAAUAGAAGGUCAAACCAACAAAUUGUUGAUCAGAUUGCUUACGUAUGUAUGUUCGUCAAAUAUUUGAAAAAUGUGAACUCACCUUAAAAAUAUGUAAUUUUUUUUUUUAUGUGAUUUUCUAGAGUUAAGUAUUUUUGUGCAUAAUUUCUCAUUAUAACAAUACAAAUUGUUUAACAAAAUAAAUAUAUAAUAACAAUAACUUAAAAAUAAAUGUUAAAUAAAUAUUCAAAA